AUGCCUCGUGGUCAUAAAAGUAAACUCCGAGCCCGUGAGAAACGCCAUCAGGCUCGAUGUGAAACCCGAUCUACUCAGGAUGCUCAGGUCCCGACAGUAGAAGAGAGAGGUAAUCCUUCUUCCUCUUCUCCCCUGUAUAGUAGUGAUGUCCAGAGCUUUUCUGAUGCUGAAUCACUUGGCAAACCCAAGAUGGCUCAGAGGCCCACCUCUGCUUCUGUAAGUGCUCCAUGCAUCAAGUCGGAUGAAGGUGUGAAGAGCCAAGAUGAGGUUAGACCAAGUACUUCCUGGGCACUUUCCUCAACUAGUAAUCCAUCAUCAACCAAGAUAGUUGAAAAAGCAAUUUCAUUGGUACUGUUUAUGCUGCGAAAGUAUAAAAAGAAGGAGCCAAUAACAAAGGAAGAUAUACUAGAGCAUGUCAUCCCACACAACAGGGAAGAGUUUCCUGAUGUUCUUAAGAAAGCCUCUGAGCUCAUGGUGCUAACCUUUGCUGUUGAUGUUAAAGAAACUGACCCAACCAGACACUGCUAUGACCUUGUCAGCAUAUUUAGUCCUACUGGUGAAGAACUUACGAAUUGCGAGGAAAUCAUGCCCAAGAGUGGCCUCUUGAUGACAAUUCUGUGUGUAAUCUUCAUGAAUGGCAGCUGUGUUAAUGAGGAACAUGUCUGGCAAGCGCUUAGUGUGAUGGGAGUAUAUGCUGGAGUCAAUCACUUCAUCUAUGGAAACGUCAAGAAGCUCAUUACUAAAGAUUUUGUGAAUGAUGGGUACCUGGAAUAUCGGCGGGUACCUUACAAGGGUUCACAAUGUUAUCAAUUCUUGUGGGGUCCCAGGGCCCUCUUUGAAACAAGAAAAAUGAAAGUACUUGAGUUUCUGGCCAAAGUCCAUAACACUGUUCCCAGUGCCUUCCCAUCCUUGUAUCAAGAAGCUUUGAGAGCCGACCAAGAGAGAAUGCAUGCUAAAUUUGCAUCUAUGAUUCUUUUUGGUUUCUUAAACGAUACAGAGACCAACGACAAUUCCAACAAUUCCUCCAACCAGCACUGA